AUGAAAGUCCACGAUGGCUAAUGCAAAAAGGUCGAUUAAAUGAAACGAAAGAAACAAUAAUAGCAAUGAAUACUUGGGGACAGCGUACUGAGAAAAAGCAAUACUGUCAGGCGGAAGAAGUUAUGAAUGCGCUUAAAAAUAAUCAUACGGCUAGUCGUGAGUUAUUACAACAUAAACGAUACUAUUUUUAUCAUUUAUUUUAUUCGUGGAAAUUAUUUCGUUACAGCACUGUUCUCGCUUUUAGCUGCUUCACUAAUGCCAUUGCUUUUUAUGGUUUAUUGUUUAAUCUGGAAAAGGUCUCCGGAUCAUUAUUUAUGAAUACAUCAAUACUUGGAGCAUUCCGGUACAUCCUGAAUAUCAUGCUAGCAACUGUUGACCAUGCCUUCACCUUCGUUGGCCGGAAAUUUAUACAUACAAUGUCAAUUAUUAUUUUUAUUCUAAAUCUUACUUUGCAUUUCAAAGGACUUAUUCGAAUAUUAACUCUAACUGCUAUGGGCACAAUUUCAAUGUUAUUCAUCGUUAAUAUACUUUCCUGUUCUGAAGUUUUCCCAACAGUUAUUCGUAAUUUAGCUGGCGCUAAUGUCGCAACAUGGAAUCGAAUCGGUUGUAUUCUUGCGCCACAACUAAUUUAUUUGGGUGAAAUUGAGCAAUCAUUACCAUAUAUAGUUCUCAUCGUGUUACUUUCUAUCGAUGCUAUAGCAUUCGUGAUAUUUCUUCCGGAAACAAAAUCACGACCGCUUAAAGAUCAAAUGCCAUCCAAAGAAAAGUUAAUUCUAAGAAAUUGCAAAACGACAAGUACAAUAAGUAUAUCAAAUGAUGAUAAUGAUGAUAAUCUUAAUUGUUUGAUAGAUAAAUAA